GAGUCGGUGUCGGUGGCUGCCACCUACGACUCCGAGCAGCUCAGCCAGGUCUACCACCCAGGGGCCUGUCCCAGCGGAUGGUCCCAGUGGGACGCUUUCUGCUACAAGCACUUCUGGGACAAGAAGACCUGGUUUGAGGCGGAAGCCUUCUGCCGGCAAUACGGGGAGGGCUCCCAUCUGGCCUCCGUUCACUCCAGGGCUGAGAACAGGUUCAUCUUCGCACUGACUGGCGGGCUGAGUGCUUGGAUCGGCUACACCGACCUGGACCAAGACACUCACUACAAGUGGAGUGACAAUACCCAGGACGAUUUUUCCAACUUCGCGAAGAACUGCACGGGCCGCGAGCAUGAGCCGGACUGCAAACCGGAGGAGCGGCAGCAGCAGUGGUACGACUGGGAGGGCCAGGACGCGGGGACCUUCAUCUGCAAGCGGAAUGCGAUGCUACCGAUCGCCCUGCUGCGCAAUGUCUCUGCAAGGACCUUGGCGCAGCAGCCCUGGGCUGAGCUCUUGCCAGCGCUGGUCCUCGCCGAGCGCCCGGCGAAAGCCGGCGAUGUGAACGCCACCCCAGCGCUGAAGGUGGACGAGCUCGCGAAGCCCGAAGCGGGCGAGCCGGCU